CCGCCCGCCUCUCUGUGGUUGAUUUAACAGGAAGCUCUCACCAUCGCUGCUGCCAGACGGUCCCUGAAGCUUCGGCCGCCGGACAGACACCAUGAAGGCAGCGCGUCUUUUCCUCUUGUUGUUCAGCUUCUACCAGACGACUCUCCCAGCUCGAGUCUCUGUGACCAUCUCUCCCAGCAGAUCGCAGCAUUUUGAAUAUGAGAAACUGUCGGUGGGCUGUGGUGAUUGGACGGCGUGGAGAUACACCACCAACAGCUGGAAUCUGAGCCAGUGUGAGUUGGGCUGGGGCGCCAAGUCUUCGUCCUCCUGUGACAUCGGCACGGCCAAGGCCACGGACAGCGGCGUGUACUGGUGUCAGUCCAGACACGGAGACAGCAGCAACGUCGUCAACAUCACCGUCACCGGUGGACCAGUGAUCCUGCAGAGUCCUGUCCUCCCUGUGACGGAGGGAGAAGACGUCACCCUGAGCUGUAUUAAAAGGAACUCGUCCGCCCUCCCAGCUGAGUUCUAUAAAGAUGGCGUCUCCAUCGGGAGAGGGGCUGAAGGUUAUUGGACCCUCCCCCGUUUCUCCAGGUUGGGUGAAGGGUUCUACAAAUGUAAAGUCGGCAAUGACGAGUCUCCACCCAGCUGGAUACUGAUGAAAGAUGACUCUGUGCCGGCCUCUCUCCUCUCGUCUCCGGAUGUCUCUCAGCUGUUUGAGUACGAAGGUCUGUCUCUGAGCUGCGGCGACAACAGCCGAUCUCACGGCUGGAGGAUCAUCAGAGCCACCAAGCUGGACGGGAAGGAGGGGAUGCUGGUGAACUCCAGCGAGAAAUGGGGCGAAGCCUCGUCUUCCGGCUUCACCAUCCACGCCGCCAAGAAGUCGGACAGCGGCGUGUACUGGUGCGAGUCUCCCGCCAAGCAGCGGAGCAACUCCCUCCACAUCUCUUUUUACGGUACUGAUAAAAUAAUCCUGCAGAGUCCCGGCCGCCCGGUGAUGGAGGGAGAUAACGUCACGCUGCGCUGCAAAACAAACCAACCCUGGGACUCCUUGGCUGGUUUCUAUAAAGAUGGCUCCUUCAUCAGGACUGAGCCUGCAGGUCACAUGACCAUCCACAAUGUUUCCUGGUCUGAUGAAGGCCUCUACAAGUGCAACAUCAGCAGUGUUGGAGAGUCUCCAUCCAGCUGGCUGUUUGUCAGAGACUCUCGGAGCAAUAUGGAGGAAACUUCCUCUGCUGUAUCCUCGCCUUCGUCUGUGCUGACGCUGAUACGCCACCUGGUGGUCGUCUGUCCAUACUGCAUCUCCACCGUCCUGCUGGUGUCCAUAUGUCGACAGAAGGCCAAAGGUAACAGCAACCUUCUCCGGAGCGUCAGCAGCUGUGCAGGAAGGAAGCUGCAUGUUUCCAUGGCGAUGUCUCCACCCAGAGAGGACGAUGAGGGAGAGGACCGAGGGUAUGAAGAUGUCAUUCCUGAUGUCACCACUGAGCAUCAUUUCUAAACUCUCGCUCUCUCUUAUAUUGUGUUUUUCUUUCACGGUUGUUGUCUGUAAUGUUGUCCUGUUGUCAUAAAUGGCCUGGCCCCGGAUUAUUUGCCCGAGAUUUUAACCCUGCGUGAGCACAACCGGUCAUUGCGGUCUUCAAAUCUACUGGUUUUAGAAGUCCCAAGGUCAAGGUAUCAACAGGGGGGUGAUCUGCCCCGAGACUCUGGAGCAAGUUA